AUGUAUGUGCAACAAAGAAAGCGUUUAAAGCUUAUAACACCAUCAAACAUACCAGGUAAAGUACUCAAAACUUGUGUACGGUGCAGACAGCAUAAGACUAAAUGUGAUGCUUCUAGAACUGACCCAUUACCAUGUUCACAUUGUUUUAAGAAGAAUAUAAACUGUACAUUAGAUAUAAUAACCAAGGACCCGAAUAGAUCAAAUGAUUUGGUGACUAAAUUAACAGUUGAUGUGAGAUCUUUAAAGAAAAGCUUAGAUACAUUAAUCAACAGAAAGUUCAAGAUGAUAAACAUGCUUGUUGAAAAAGGUGUGUUAAACGUUGGAAAGAUGACGGCAACUCCCCCUAUCUCUAAGAUCGAAGCGUGUCUUAAUUCUCCCCUGGAGACUCCGAUGCCAUUAACUCCAGAAUCUCCAAAAUCAGACACUUCAUACACUAUCAAUAGUCAUAUCAGUAGUAGGGCAUUUUCUAUCUCACAGGAGGAAGCUGUUGAAAGUUUCCAUAAUUAUCAUUUGCAUUUCAAUAGAUAUUUGCCUAUAUUCCCUGAAGAAUUCUUCAAUACUAUAAAUAUAGAAAGAUUUUACCAACAGAAUGACUUAUUAUUUUGGAGUAUCAUACUCACGUCAUAUUUGAACCAACCUGAAGCAUCUAAAUACUUACAUUUAUCUAAUCACAUAAAAUCCUUGGUGGUUGGAAAAUGUUGGUUUAAUACCCCAAGAUCGGUAUAUAUACUAUCAUCGUUAUUGAUUUUAACUACAUGGCCUUUACCUUCUGAAAAAUACCUGAAUAAUGGUGAGAGCAUAUCCAUUAAAUAUCUUUCCUUGAUGAAGAAUAUAUCAUUACAAUUAGGUUUACACAGAUCGCAGUUUAUUGAUGAAUUCAGUCAUAAAACUGAAAUUAAUGUUUCUGAUGAAUUGAAGUUAAAUAAUUUAAUAAGAGAACGAAUUUACAAAUUCAUUAAUAUCAACUCGAAUUAUUGUUUAAUCUACUCUGGUUUGUCACAUCUUAAUUACAAUGGUUUCCAACAAGAUUAUAUUAUUAAUAAGGCAAAUCAAGAUUUAUUCAACAAUAAUAUUGAUAAUGAGGAAGAUAAGUAUAUUAAUUCAUUAUUGAAAAUUUCUUUAGUGCAAUUAAAGUUGAAUGAGAAUAUGAAUGAUAUUAUUAACGACAAGAAGGUUUAUGCACACGCAAAUUCUGAUAAGCUAAUAAAUUUGAAUAUGUUUGAAAUAAUAUUGAAUGACUUUAAUAAAGACACUAGUCCCUUGUUGUCUAACAAUCUUAUAAAGCUAUCGGUUGAAUUCCUGAAAUUGCAGUUGUUUGUUUAUUCAUUUAGUCGCAUGGAUAUCUCUCUUGUCGAAUAUCGUAGAUGCAUCAUGAAUGCUAUUAAAUCCUGUUACCUUAUUUUAGAUUUAUUUGCAAAAGAAUUUGUGGAUAUAAAAAAUGUCAAUCAGCUUCCAGUGCAUUAUAAAUUUAUUAUUGAAUUAACAUCCUUAAUAAUGUUAAGAAUUCAUUCAUGCCCCUUAUUGAAUACGCUCGAUGACUACCAUGUCUUGAAGGAAAACUUUCAAAAAGCAUACGGAAUAUUAUCUUUAAAUAAUGACAAGGCCUGGUUAAGUAUAAAUGGUCGAUUACGAAAAAUCAUUGAAAAGUACGAUAAUCUUUUCAGGGAGAAACCACAGUCUAUUUUAAAUGCAGCCGAUUCGUUUUUUCUUAUCAGCAAGAUGCAAAAUUAUUUGGUUUCAAGUUUAAAUUAUGAAAUGGUAUGGUAUAUAUAUCAGGAUUGGAAGAACGAAGAUAAUUCGGAGGACGGAAAGACGCAAGGUAUUAAUUGGUUAAAGUUUGGGUUAAAUGAGAAGAAUGUUACUUCUAAAGAGAUCAUGGAUUAUUUAUCGAAUGAAUGUUCAAUUUUUAAAUGA